AUGGUUAAGCGCGAGCCGGUUUCAACUCGCAGCGGGCGGAGUCGGAGAUUGGGUGCAACUCAGGAGAAUCAAAGGGACCAGAAUGAAACCGGAGAGCCAAGUAAUUCGAAUCUCGGAGGAGAUAGUAAUAAUGGUGGAAAUAGUAGCAGGAAAGAGGGUUUGGAUCGGAGAGUUCUUCGUGGCCGCUAUAUUAAGGUCAAGAACAGGAUUUGUGAUGAGAGGGAUGAUUUAUCCAAAGCAGAUUCGAAAGCAUUAGAGUCAAUGAUUGAAUUGGUUGAUAAGUUGCACAAUCUUGUGGAGAAACCUAGGGAGCAGGUAGCUGAUGCUGAGGCACUCUUGGAUAUCACAAAUACCUUGGCCUCCUCUGUCCAGGCUCACACUGGUGAUGGACUUACUCCUGCAGAUUUUGUCAGUUGUCUGCUUAGGGAUUUUGCACAACAAGGUGGUCCAAGCACUAGUUCUGCAGAUGUUCCUAGGAACUCGAUUUGUUGGAAGGAAAUUGGUCUUAAAGUCUCUCAUUUUUUAAGGAGUGCUCCAGGAUGUUCCACCAUGGUUGGCCCAAUGAAUACUGAAAUCAAGCAGCGCAAACCCAUUGUUCGGAGAAAGCGUGCAAGGCCCUCUGAAAGUGCUCGACCUGAGGAUCUCAAUAAUGCUGAAACUGAAGAGCAGACGGAUACUGACAAAAAUAUGGCGACAAUGUUUGGCAUUUUGAGGGGGAACAGGAAGGUUUGCCUUGAGAAUUUGAUAGUGAACAAGAAGUCUUUUGCUCAAACAGUUGAGAAUUUGUUUGCAUUGUCAUUUCUCGUGAAGGAUGGGCGCGCUGAAAUUACAGUUGAUGAAGAAGGAACUCACCUAGUUUCACCAAGGAAUGCCCCUGCAGCUGCUGCAGUUCAUUCUGGGGAUGUUUCUUACAGCCACUUUGUCUUCAGAUUUGAUUUUAGUGAUUGGAAGCUAAUGAUGGCUUGUGUUGAGGAUGGGGAGGAACUAAUGCCACACAGGGAGUAUGUGGAUGACCAUGCAAGCAAUACUCAACAAGCUGAUGGUCCAACUGAAGAAGAACCCCAGGCAACAACAAUGCAGACGACACCGAUAAGGAAACUUUCCAGAAAUCGUGGUCUGGUUAUGCAAGAUCAAAGAGUGGUUGAAGAUUCCCCUGAAAGUGAUGACUUAUCGGCAAGAGCUGCUGCAAUCCGUAGAGGAAAACGGAAGCUCGUUUAA